GUCGGGGAGCGGCGGCGGCGGCGGCGGCGGCGCGAGGCCUGAAGGGAGGGGACGCGAUGCUGGAGACCCUGCGCGAGCGGCUGCUGAGCGUGCAGCAGGAUUUCACCUCCGGGCUGAAGACUUUAAGUGACAAAUCAAGAGAAGCAAAAGGAAAAAGCAAACCCAGGAGUGCUCCGUACUUAGCAAAGUACUCCGCUGGACUGGAAUUACUUAGCAGGUAUGAGGAUAUGUGGGCUGCACUUCACAGAAGAGCGAAGGAAUGUGCAGACGCUGGAGAGCUGGUGGACAGCGAGGUGGUCAUGCUCUCUGCCCACUGGGAGAAGAAGAGGGCCAGCCUCUCCGAGCUACAGGAGCAGUUGCAGCAGCUGCCGGCUCUCCUCCAGGACUUGGAGUCCUUGAUGGCAAGCCUGGCUCAUUUAGAGACGAGUUUCGAAGAGGUAGAAAACCACCUGCUGCAUCUGGAGGAUUUAUGUGGGCAGUGUGAGUUAGAAAGACACAAACACGCACAGUCCCAGCACCUGGAGAGUUACAAGAAAAGUAAGAGGAAGGAGCUUGAAGCCUUCAAAGCUGAACUGGAUGCAGAGCAUACGCAGAAGGCCCUGGAGAUGGAGCACACCCAGCAACUGAAGUUGAAGGAGCGGCAGAAGUUCUUUGAGGAAGCCUUCCAGCAGGACAUGGAACAGUACCUGUCCACAGGUUACCUGCAGAUCGCAGACAGGCGAGAGCCCAUGGGCAGCAUGUCAUCAAUGGAGGUGAAUGUGGACAUGCUGGAACAGAUGGACCUGAUGGACAUCUCGGACCAGGAGGCUCUGGAUGUCUUCUUGAACUCCAGCGGAGAGGAGAACAUUGUGCUGUCCCCUGGUUUAGAGCUUGAAUCCAACCCCUGUCAGAAUGAAAUGACUCUUCAGAUCCCAAAUCCCUCAGAAUCAGCACUCCAGCCACCUGCCUCACCCUCUGCGGGCACUGAUCUGGACACCGUCGAUGCCCCCCUCGUCCAGUCUGAUGAGGAGGAGGUACAGGUGGACACUGCCUUGGUCACACUACACACUGACAGAAAAUCCACCCCAGGUGUCAGUGAUGACAGUGACUCAACCCAGGACAUUUAAGUGACUUUGCCAGCUGUGUGUGUGCAGAAUCCUCCUGCAAAGCCGGGUUCUUUAGAGGGUUCUGGUUUUCCACAAUUUCUAAUGAUGUGUGAGACCCAUUAGAGAAGAACUCACAAUAAAGCUCUAGACUAAACAUUAA